AUGAGAAGCGGGGCCGCGCUAUGGGCGGCUAGUUGAUGAGGUCUCGCGGCUGGGCGAAGGAAGAAUGAGGGUUGUGGAUGUGUACUGUUGUGGCGCUGGUUUAAGGAUGGCCGUAAGAGUUCGUUUAAUGCUUUGGGAUAAAGCCGUGCAGCAACUUUUACCACACAAUAAGCCGUCUCUUCUGUCAUUACUGCUGCUUCUGUUCCCUGGUGUCCUUGCCGGACCAGAUGUUGAUCGUACAGUGAUCGCUGUUUUGGGGAAGAACGUCUCCCUGAGUUGUCUAGUCACCGUUCCUGAAGGUAUAAAUGUAACACAAAUCUCAUGGGAGAAGGAAUAUCCUUCAGGCAGACGGAAUGUUGCAGUUUAUAAUCCUCAGUAUGGGCCAUCUGUUCAGGAAGAGUAUGAGGGACGGUUUGAUUUCAAAACAGAUGCAACACUACACAUUGAUAAUGUGGGUUUCUCAGACUCGGGAAAAUAUGUCUGCAAGAUGGCUACAUUUCCACUAGGAAAUAUCGAGGCAGUAGUCAUUGUAAAGGUACUAGUGGAACCCACAAUUUCUCUGACAAAAGGAUCGGAUCCUCUGGUGGAUGGUGGGAAUGAGACAGUGGCAGCAGAAUGCACAGCAGCUUAUGGGAAACCUGUUGCUGAAAUUUCUUGGGAAGGAAAUCUUGGCAGAACAGAUGUGCGAUCUUCUUUGUUCCCCAAUGAAACAGCAACCAUUCUUAGCCAAUAUAAAGUCAUUCCAACAAGAUUUGCCCGGGGGAGACAGAUUACAUGCAUAAUACAGCAUCCGACUUUGAAAACUCCUGUUCGAAUUCCAUACACACUGGAUAUUCUAUGUAAUCUGUUAAGACUGAUAAGUGGCAUUGACAGGGCUGAUGGACAGUGGCCAGAAGGUUUGCAACAAGUGAAUAGUACAUUAUUAUUUACGAAACCAUUGAAUCUCAAUCAUUCUGGGGUUUAUAUCUGUCAAGUGGCCAAUGAUCUUGGUCAGAGAAGCAGCCAGAAGAGUGUUGGAAUUCGAGAUCCUCCUACUACCACAGCCCCACCACCUACAACACCUCUGCCUCACUCAACUUUUGGCAUCACAGGCUUAGCUUCAGCAACUAAAUGGGUACAGCACCCAGUGACUACCUUGGCAACUGCUCAGGAUGAGCUUUUGGGUACCAUCAUCGGUGGCGCAGUGGGCGGGGCCUUGUUUCUCAUAUUAAUGAUCAUUCUGGUAGUAUUGUACUUUAUGCGAAAGAGGCGCACAUUCCGUGGAGAUUACUACACCAAACAGUACAUUGGACCUUCCGAUAUGCAGAAAGAGUCUCAGAUAGAUGUCCUCCAACAUCAUGAACUUGAUACUUACACAGACACAGGGAAGAAUGAUCUUAAACAUCCAUCUAAUAAUAUAAACUAUCAGGACUACUCAGAAGAUGUUAAAAAGCCCAACUGGAAUAACGUUGACAUGAACCAUAGAUACACAGAAGGGGUGGAGAUUCCAGUAGACUAUUUUGAAGAUGUUAAAGUGCCUUUAGGACACAAAUAUAUACAUGAUGACUAUUUUGAAGACAAUGAAGAUGACUUAGUGUCGCAUUUUGAUGGUUCUGUAAUUUCCCGAAGGGAGUGGUAUGUGUAGUUAUCACUCUAAGAAGGGAGAAAAACUUUAUAUAGACUGUUUUGCCUUCUCUCACAGUGCUUUACCCCUGUACAGUAAGUGUAAUGUCCUGGAAAGAUACAGAAUUCUCAAGGAGUUGAAGGGAUUAUUAUUUUUUUAUUUUUUUGCAGGAGGUUGGGAGUAGAAUUGCGGAAGGAGGUAGAGCAGACUGUGGUAACACUAAGUGCUGUCAUAGAAGUGUGCAACAAAUUCUAACCUCAUUUUCUUUACAUCAUCCAUUUGUCUGAUGUGUUAAACUCUGAGUAGUUGUCUUACACUAUCCUUAUUGUUGUUUCUUUAGCACCGUAUACAUCCCAGGGUGUGGGUAUUUAUGACAGCGGCAGUGUACAAUACAAAUGCUGCAGGUCUCAAACUAAAGUACUGUGCAGCAUGAUUGAAUGCACUUACUGCAUUGGUCAUAGACUGUAGUAUCACAAACUGAGAUGCUUUAUAUUGUAUAAAAACAGUGCUGCAAAAUUGUUAAAACUCCCUUAAAAUAAGGAGAGAAAAUUUGUUAAAAUGUCUUUAUUUAUUGCAUUGUUGGAUUCUGCAAUCCUUUAUGCACUUAGAAGGGAUGCUGCCAUUUUUCAUCAUGUUAGCUUUUACAACAUGUAAAUGUUAUAGCUUCGUGUCUUUGUAAGAUGUUUACACGUUGAUUUUUCAUCUGCUGUGCCAUUGUUUGUUCGUAAAACCGAUACAUCUUUAAUGUGGCAGACUGUGUUUAAGUAUGGAGUUUAAACAUUUUGCCACAAUUAUAGCUCUUGAUGUAUUAUGGCAUAACUAAUCAAACAUUGAAUGUUGAAUUUUGUGCCAUCCCUGGGCUUCUUCCUUGGUGCAUAACUGUUGUGCAGCUUCAGAAGGUUAGUUCUCAUUUUUUUUUUUAAUUGAAAUGUAAUUUUUAUAUAUAGUUGUGCUGCGUUUGGCUUCGUUUAAGUACCUGUUGUAGGAUUGUUAUCACUGAAUUGAUGCUAGUUUGCAACCAAGCCUACUGGAAAUUCUGGAGAGGUGCUGUAGAGUUAACCAUUUUAUUUCUUUAAACAGAUCAAGAUGAGGCAAAAACCUUUAACCUCUGUCUGAUUUUAUGAAGCAGAUGUCAUAACACGGUCAGGAACAGUUUUCUAUUUGGAACAGAACAAGUUAUUACAGUUAAUAGCUUAAAAAAGUGUGUUUUGAUAUGCACAUUUCUGUUGAACUUUUUUUUUUUUUUUUUUU